UUGCCAAUUAUAAUCGUGCUUUUCUUCCACGAAUUUCCUCAGCGAACCACUCCACAUCGACAAAGCGAUCGGGUCUCAUCACUUCAAUGGCAUAGUUGGUUGGGUGGCGGAUAUUAUCUCUUCUUCGGGGUUUCCUCUAGCAAUGAUCAAAUAUGGAGAGCCACAUUUCAUUGUACAAUUCUAAGGAUGUGAAUAUUCUCACCUACGUGUUGCCUCUUCUUUUGCUCCUUCAAGUGACUGGUACAACUACAUCAGGCGAUAAGAUUUUCUCUGGCUCGUACAAACAUCAAACAAUAGCUGCCCAAGAUAGAGGAAACAGUUUAUGGUGUUACAAAUGUCAUACCAUGGAUGAAAAAGAAGAAUGCAAUGAUUUGGCUGGGAAAAAUAAUUCGGUUCUAGUCCACAAGUGCCUGGGAGAUCAUCGAACCUGUGUUGUGAAGCGAUACUCCUACACUACAAGUACAGAAAACUCCACAUCGGUUCAAAGAAUGUGGUCGAUCGAGCGAAACUGUGUCAACAAAUGUGAGCCAGGUUGUAUUACAAUCGGUGAAAGAACAAAAUUAUAUGCGUGCACAUCCUGUUGCGAAACGUCGUUUUGCAACUCAGACAGGGGUUUAGCAAACUGUGUAGUCUUCGAUUCUCAUUUGGUUAUAAUGUGUUUGUUUCUCAUAAGUUUCCUUCAAAAUAUGCAAAGUCUUUCCAGUCAAUGAGAAUAGAAAACUAUAGUCGAUAAUGAAUAACAAAAAGUGACCAAAAUGUGAUUGUAAAAGUGAAAGCAUACACCUACGAAUAUCUCUCACAUGAAAUUACCUUUUUCAGACAUGAUGCUGGUGAGUAUCACUGCUCUAACAAAUGAAGUUCCAUUAUAGCACCUAUAUAUUGAGGACAGUUUGAGAGGACAUUGAGUAAUUGAUAUGGCUAUUAUAGAAGUACAUCAGUCAAUCUUUCAUAUUAGUAGGCAUUUCAGAGGUCACCAGACAAGCUAGAGUCUUCUCGAUUGUAGAAAUCUAGCCCAUUGUAGGUACCAGAACAACAGUGGUGCUGAGCUUAGAUUAGCCAAAAAGCCUUCUCACUAAAUAUCCAAAUCACCCAUCCGCUUCAUAAACUCUUCAACAAAAUCACAAAUUUAGACAUCUAUUCUCAAUAGGUGUAGAUAUAAUAUUCUGAUGGUUUUUACCAGUUAUCAAUACACUCUUUCAAAAUGAAUUAUUCAGAAUAAUAUUUGUUAUGAUAUUUUUAACCUAGCAGUAGAUGGAACCUGGCAAGAUAAAAUAUCAAAGCACGGUACGUUAUUGCUUUAAAUGGAGUACAAAAUAUUUGUUAUUUCAAUUUAUUUGAAACUAACAUUUUAAUAAGGAAUUGAAAUAGAACGUUAAGAAAGUAUUCCAUUACCUCAUCUAGAAAUAAAUUAUGUUCUGUAGCCUUGUAAUGGGAAUACGGUGUAUUUUCUCCAAAUUAGACCUAGCUUCUUUCUCAUCAUUGAUAUACGGUACAGUCGACUACUAAACAAUAAUGUUUUAUUGAAGAAAAAAACGAUAAUGGCAGAAUAGUAGAAAAACAUCGUUAUGAUUUUUCUUGUCAUCGUCUAAAUUCCACGGUUCAGGCAUGACUAUCCAAUGUUGAUGUAUGGAAGUGAAUCACGGAUCCUGAGUAGAAAUGAGAUCAGAGGAAUCCAAAUAUCUGAGGAGUGUAAAGGGAUGCAUAAGAUUGUAUCUACUCCGAAAUGAGGGCAUACGAGAGAAGGUUGAGGUUGAACUACUGUAUGAAAGUAUGAAGAAAUUGGCAAAUUUCGAAAUGGAUGGAUUCAACACAUUUACACAAAGCGACCCGUUAGCAUGCCUCUGAUGUGGAAGCUCUUCAUCAAAAACCAGCUGGUAAAAGAGAUGUUGGGAUACCAAGGAAAAGGUUGUCUCAAUAUUAUCAAGUAUACAUUAUGUAGACAAGUUGAAAACGGCUACUAUUCCAAAGAUCGGAACAGACAGUCAUGCCUAUAAAAUCUUACUAGUGCAAUUUUGAGUAUACAAAACACGAACAGCUCCAGAGGGUUUAAUUUAAUAAAGUGUUUUAUAUAAAUUUUUGUUGAAUAGACUUAAAACUUUUAAAUACCAUCCACACUUGACAAACAUCUCCAGGCAUAACCAAAAAAUUGAACCUGCAGCCAUUAUAUAGCCUACCUGAUUCAAGAUCAUCAUGAUUUACAUAGAAGCUAUAUAAGAAGAGCUCUAUAAUAACUAUUAUAUUAUUUACUUCAGAUAUAGUAUCACCUUUCAUAAGAUUUAAACGUGAGUUCUAAGCUCAUUAAUAUACAAUUAAAUAUUUAACAAUGAAGUCAGCAAUCCAGCAGUAAAUCAAGAUUUGAUGAAAAUAUGCAUUGCUAUUUAAUUGUUAUCAAUCAUAUGAAAUAACUUAGUCUACAGGACUGAUAUUUACAGCAUUACGAUGAAAAAGCAUUUUAUUCAACACAGAUUUCCAUUGUACCUAGAAUACAUGUAUUCUAGGUACCUUGCAGAUUUCUUUAUCUGUGAUAAUCAAUCAAAAAGUACAGUGAAAAAUAUAACAUUGAAACAAGGAUACUGAUUUUAUUAUUUUUUCUGUAACUGCUGCUGUAAAAUCUUAUUGGAGUUAAAGAGAUACAUAGCUUGAAAAUUUUGUUUGUGAUUGACUUUACGAUUUCAUUGUAAAUAAGAAAACUUUUUAAAAUUCCCAUGUCAAAUAGUUAGAUGAAAAAAUCUAAUUAGCAUGAUUGUGAACCGUUGCUUCUCAUGAUGAAUUUGUUCAUUAAAAGCAAACCAAAACUUGGAAUAACAUAGAAUGUAUGUAUUCAGUACGGUACCGUACUAUAAUACCUAUACUUUUAUCGGCUACGAAAGAUAAUGAAACCCUCUGUAUGUGCCAAUAAAUUUCUUCCAAUUAUUUGCAAAUUUGUGAAAUACAAAGUUACGUUUUGACUGAGAAUAUAAUUCAUUAUAAUGUAUUUUACGAAUACGAGUUCAAAAGUAUAUUUUCUGUAUUGUAGGUAAGUUUUUAUAUAAAACUGAUUUAUUAGCUAGACAAUAUUUAAAUAUCUUAUGAAAAAAAAACAAUCAAAGCUCAUGUGAAUAUAUAAAUAUACGGUAUUAUAGUGCAUCAAUGUAACUGUAGAGGAUAUCUUCUUUCUGAUUGUAAUAAAAUUCACGAUUACUAAGUAUUUUUCUUUGAAAUGUCAUUAUUCCUACCAAAUUAAUAUCUACUGUUUAUCAGAUUUUCUGAAUUGUUUGUUUCAUACUUAUACUUAUUUUAUGAAUUAUGUAGUCUAGAGCAAAGCUCAAGUUUAAUUGCGGUGCUCUGAUGAAUCAUUACAAUACAUCAAGUACUUUCUUGUUUGAGGCGAUAUUAAUUCAAUAACGGAGACACAAUAAUUAGUGAACAUUUUCUAUCAAUAAUUUAUUAUCAAAUAAGUAAACAUUACUUAAAUCACAUUUUACAGCAAUAUGAUGUAGAAUGAGAAUCUUAUGAAAGAUUAUCUUUUAUUAUACCUAGAACUUAUUCAUUAGACCUAAAUAUUUCUAUCUACCGUAUUCUAUUAUCUAUUAAAAUUUAAGUCUUAGAGUUUAAAUUAAAUGCUAUCGGAGGUAGCAGUCUAAAUGUCACAUUAGAAUCCUGGCAAGCUUCACAUAACACAUAAGUGAAACAGCAAUAAGGCAAGAAUAAACCACUCAGGAAUAUUUUAUCAACAGUAAAUUGAGAAUAUCAACUAGAUGAACUAAUAGAAGAAUAAAAGUCUACAGUCUUAUUAAAGCAAUAAAGAUAAUAUAUUACGUUUCAAUUUUUCAAUGAAUUUCUAUUUGUGUAAAUAUAUGGAUUUUGUUGACUGGGGCACAGAAAUCUAGUGAAUUCAGUUUGCCAAUUCGUUGUUUUUCCUCCUACUGGUUCCAGAAGAUUGUUCCAUAAGGCAUUGGAAGCUGAAACAAUAAUUUUGGGCGAAAAUAAUAUAGGCUAUAUCAAUAAUUUAAUUACCAAAGUAAUAAUUUUCAAUGAGUUGUUAUACUUGUACAAUAGAAAAUCGUGAAGUAAUUUUUCAACAUUAACCGUGUUUUGUAGAGCAAAAUUUGGAUAAAAAUUACAAAAUAUUUUCCACUGCAAUUGUAAAUCAGCCAUCAGCAAUAAGCAGUAUAUUAUUAUAAGUGACUUAGUGGGUAUCUACUUCAGAAAUUCUUAAUAUUUUUUAUGUUUAUUAACUAAAAAUCUUACACUUUAAAAAACUAUAGAACUUCAGUUCAUCCAUUGAUGAUCCAAGAAGUUCUGAGAUUAUAAGAGCAGUAAAAAUUAUAAUAUUUUGCAUACACUAUCACAAAUUGGUUUUAAACUAGUUCAAAAGGCUUCCCUCUCUUCAGCCUCCUGGUUAUAUCUUCAUUCUGUGGUAAACGCUUUCGCAAAUUUAUUUUGCAAUAAUGUUUUCACUGGUAGCAUACGAAUCCUACAGUAGGCUACUAUUGUGGAAGCAUGUCUUCAUAAUAAUAAUAUCGAGUGACCUGGCUGGCUCAGGUCUGGUGUCAGAGUUUUCAGGUCGCAACUGAUCAAUUUCAGGGCCUCUGACAUGACCUAACGACUGCUUUUUAGGCAGCCGAGACCGACGACUUAACGUGCCCAUCUGAAACACGUCUUUCAAGCAUACUGAGGAUAGUAGACUGGCUUUAAUGAAUUCUCGCUAAUCAAUAAAUAGGUCGGUAAAAAUUUCUCGUAGGGAAGAAUAAUUAAUGACAUUAUCACACAAAUCAAACCCAAUCAUAUGAGGGGGAUCAAAGACUGGGGUCUUCUUAUUGUAUUUGAUCGCAAUCAAUGGAUUUGUUCCGAUAUUCGUUAUGACUCACCUCUAGAAUAGCCCUUCUGACUGAAGUGGAAGCAAUCUUUUGAUAGAUAAGUUGUGUCAGUCACUAUUUCUCCAUUGCUAUUCCUACGUGUUGGAAAUGUUAGCUCAGCUGUAAAGGGCUGGUACACCACAGCAAAAUCGUCAGUCGUAAAUUUAGGAUCCAUUGCCUGGAACAAUAUUGUCGUAACCAUUAAGACCUCUAGGUAAGAUAUUAAUUAUAUAAGUCUACACAUCUUAAGAAUUUGUAAUAGCCUUAUAAUGAGAUUUCUCAUGUCCUGAGACAAUAUCGACAUUCAUCAAUUUUUGAAGUUUGUCGAUAAUACUAACUUUUUAUCAUAAAUUUGAAAGCUUCUCACUUUUGAACAAUUCCAUAGUUCCAUAUUUUUGACAGUGGAUAGGCUAGGUCUUAAUAAGCAAAGUCUUUUCAUGAAUAAAAGUAAAACAAUUUUGAAAAAAAAAUGUUGUCAACUCAUCACACCAUAUCGAUUUUAAUAUUAUUAUUUCUUGAUUUAAUAAUUCCAUCAUUGAUUAAAUAUAAAGUUUAAAAAAUUCAAAAUAAUGAGUUUUCAAUAUCAAUACUCUUAAUUAUGAGUUAAAAAAUUAAUAUGAAUUAUAAAAAUUACAUAGAACUAUUGAAGCUUAUUGUAUUAUUUCAUUCAACAUGGCAUAAAGUUGACAGUAUACUAGUUUAUUUAUGCGGAUCGAUAUAAUUAUAUUUCACUUCAAAAACUACUGGGUUCUCAUCCAAUUGAGAAAUAAUUAUUAUUUUCAGAAGAGGAAGCGAGUCAAGAUCUAAAUCAGUCAAAAGAAGCAAUCCCUAUUAUCUUACCACUUCCAUUUCUACUUUCUGCCACUCAUCCAUUAUCUUGAGCAUAGUUUUUCGUUUACUUCUAAACGGUAGACCAAUCAGGCAAGGGCAUUCUGAAGUCUGUGUUAUUCUACAUGUCAUUGGAAGUCCUGUGAAAUUCAUUAUCACUUCCAAAUCUGAAAUAGAAUAUUCAAAUUUUCAAUAGCUGUUCCAAAACCAAUGCCACACCGUAGUCACGUUAACACAAUUAUUAAAAAUCCCUUGAAAUAAGAGUAGGCCUAUUAUCAUACUCAUUUUUAGUAAAAAAAAAUAUUUUUAUUUUUGAAAUGAAAACUGCCAGUUUCAA